AACAUUUACUUCCGCCAAUUGGCCACACCCCUUGACGCCACUUCCUGUAAACAAAACGUUUUGGUACUCCUGGCAAGAACGCCAGCCUCCGUGUUAUUCUUAUUUCCACGUCCCUUCCUGCCUUUUUUUAAAAGAUGGCCCAUGCCGGGGUGGUCCUGGACAAGGAACAAUUCACCUGCUCGGUGUGUCUGGACGUCCUGAGGGAGCCAGUGACCAUCCCGUGUGGCCACAGUUACUGCUCAGACUGCAUCCGCAACUACUGGGACCAAGAUGACCACCUGGGGGUCUUUAUGUGCCCUCAAUGCAGGCAGGGCUUCAACCCGAGGCCGGCGCUCGCCCGGAGCACCUUGCUGGCCGACGUGGUAGAGAGAUUCAAACGAAGCGGGUUCCAGGAAGCCUCGGCUGCAGGCCAAAGCCUGGCGGAGGCGGACGACGUGGAGUGCGACGUGUGCCCCGGGAGGAAGAACAAGGCGGUCAGUUCGUGCCUAGUGUGUCUGGCCUCCUACUGCGACCUGCAUGUCCGGCCGCACUACGAGUCGGCCGUGUUCAAGAAGCACAAGCUGGUGUCGGCCACCAAGAGGCUCCAGGAGAGCGUCUGUGGUCGACACAACAAGUUGCUGGAGGUUUACUGCCGCACAGACAAGCAGUGCAUCUGCUCCCUGUGUCUCACCGACCAACACAAGGGCCAUGACACAGUGCUGGCUGAGGUGGAAAUACAACAGCAACAGAGACAGCUUGGUGAGCUGAAGCUAAACUCUCAGCAGAGCAUCCAGCAAAGAGAGAAGGAGGCUCAGGAGUUGAGACAAGCCAUCUUCUCUCUCAACCGCUCGGCCCGGCUGGCGACGGAGACGAGCCACUGCGUCUUCACCGAGCUGAUCCGCUCCAUUGAUCUGAAGCGUUUCGAGGUGCGUGAGCUGAUCAAGGCCCAGGAGAAGCUGGUGGUCAAUCAGGCCGAGCAGCUGCUGGAGAAGAUCCACAAUGAGAUCACGGAGCUGAAGAGGAGGGAGGCUGAGCUGGACAAGUUGGCGCUCACUGAGGACCACCUGUACUUUCUCCAGAGUUGUCAGUCCCUCCAAGCCGCGCCUGCGUCCUCAGCUCUACCUGCCAUUGCCAUCGACCCCAACUUGACCUUUGACCCUGCCACAAAAGCUGUGUGUGAUUUCAAAGCGUUGCUGCAGGAAGUCUGCCAGGGAGGAUUCGUCAGCAUCUAUGAGAAAGUGCGAGAUGUGGUUAUCGUGGAUUCUCCCGCCCCGCCUGCCCAGGCAGAUGUAACGCCUCUGGCCAAUGUCCAUUCUCCUGCUGAAAUGGAAGCAACAGCGAACCCGUCCCCGGGCCUGGACCAAAGUCCUCUGAGCUCCUUCAACUCUUCUCCUCGACCUGCAGUGCCCACUUUUGUCUUCACACCUUUUGGCUCCAAACUGAUGUCAGGGUCCAGGCAGAGGCAUCAGCGCCGCAGUCACACCAGAAAGAAAUAAUAAUACUUGAAAUUGGACAUUUAUUACUUGAUUACAAUCAUCUUACAUACCAUGUCUUCUCUUCCUCAACGUUCCUUUUUUAUUAGUCCACAUCUGAACCACACUUUUAUUUUGUUACAAGCCUGUGAGCUUGUUGCAUUAUCUUCAGGGUUGUUACACACACACACACGCACACACCAUUUACUAUUACUUUAGCAAUAUUUUUGACAUUGACAUUCAUUGCAGGACAGUGCAGUAUUAGAGGCCAGACUCACUAGGGCUGUAUAUUUUAUUAAAAUGUAUUUUUUUAAAAAAGGUUAAUACACAUGUAAUAUAUUAUUUGGGUUUGUACUAUUAAAAAAAACAUGUACAUAACGUCACACGUAAGCAUGUAUGUCAUGUACACACACCCUGCACAUGCAUUCAUGUUUACAUUGUAAGUCAAGUCGUCCCGUCUCCGCAUUGGAUGCCUCCAGCAGCUGUAACCUGAUCACCAGUAGGUGGUGGGCGAGACUGCAAAU